AUGGCGCUGCAGGAGUUCACCGUCGACCUCAUUCAACAAGUCAUACCCUUUCGUUCCCCCAACCCCCUCGAAGACCCCCGGGAGCACCGGCUCCGCCUGGUCGAGCGGCUGGGCGGCGGCACCUACGGCGAUGUGUACCGCGCCGUGGAGGAGCCGGAAGACGGCGUGGGAGGCGGCGAGACUUUCGCAGUUAAAUAUUAUGUUGACGAAACGCGAACUGCAACAGAAGACGGAUUGGGCUGCACGACGAUUCGCGAGCUUUCCACGAUUUCCUCCUGCGGCACCCACCCGAACUUGGUUCGCAUGCGGUAUCUUUUUGUAGAUCAGCUUCCGCGUUUGGUGGAAAACAUUAAUCAGCAGCGAAUUCAGUGGGCGCGGCAGCAGCACGCGGCUGCGGACCGCGAAAGCCAGGAGCAGCUGCGGCGGGACCUGCAGACGCAGCUCGCGCAGGAGGAGUUGAAACCCACGCAGGUCUUCGUCUUCGCCGCCUACGAACUCUGCGAAGGAGGCGAUCUCAAGAAACUUCUUGCCAAACAAAGAGAAAAUAAACCUUCUUCGAGCGUUUCGCCCGAGUGGGGGCUGCCGCUGCGCCACGCCAAACUUCUUGCAUUUCAACUUCUGAACGGACUGGCGUUUCUGCACAACGAGAAACUCUGCCACCGAGACCUCAAGCCCGACAACUUGAUGUUGACUUCCGAAAACGAAAACUGCGUCCUCAAGAUCGGCGACUUGGGGCUCUGCAGGAGUUUCCGAGCGAACGCAGGAGAAAUAACUCCCACUGUCUGCACCAUUUACUACCGGCCGCUGGAGGUGCUGCUGGGCCGCAUGAAGGGCGACGGCGAGGGCGGCAGCGAGGUGGGCUGCAGCACUACCCCUUCGGGAACCGGGGGGAAAGCCACUACUUCAGCGAACACGACAAAAGGGCGAACUUAA